GGAUAUCUCAAAAAUAUUUACAAGUGUAUUUGUUUCCGAAUUACAAACCACGACGCAAGUAAAUAAUUAUAUUCAAUAAUGUAGAGUUGGGCGCACUAACACAACUUUGCUCUACAUGAAAAAUAUUAUUCCAACAAGAAGAGACGAUUUGACCAGAAACAAGGAAUUUUGUACUUACCUAUAGGUGCAAUGUAUUGUCCAUUGUAAUCAUGUUUUUGAAGACAUCGCGGGAGACAUCCUGAAAUAACACGUAAGUAUUUGCAGCAUGGAUGCGCCCGCGCCGCGGCGCUACCGUCGCGCGCUUAUCCGACGCCAUUUUCACACAAUCCCCGAGCUUUCCCGCACACAGGUACGUACAAUUUUCGCAUAAUGACAAAAAGUUUGCGUUAAAAUAACACUUAUUAUAUCAAAAUCAAUUUAUUUAAUCAGUGCGGUCGUUCUCACUUCGUAAACUAUUUAAUUAUCACAAAAUUUGAUUCCGCCAUUCAAAAACAAGAACAUUGACCCUCGAGCACACGUAAUAGUUAACAUGUUUUUUGUUCAUUGUGGUAAUUACUGAAUACGAAAUAACCAAAGCGAUACGUACAAUUAAAGUAGACUUCACGUAUUAAAUUAAAUCGGUGUAAACUUUGUAAUGUGCGCUCAGGGAGGGUAUUGCGGGUAAAUAACAUCUAGAACUGAACUGAGGAAUGUGACCGUCAUGUUUCGGUUACAUCAACGCAGCUACUACAAGACAGUGUUACCUAUCUAACCGAUCCACGUAAUUAAACAGUAUACUCUCCGAAGACAAUCUAUUUAUGUCAUCAUGUCCUUAUUUUUUUAAUAGAUCAGUAAGCAUCCCCCGCAGCGGCAGCGUUGCGAGACACGAGUCGUGUCGCAAGCGGUGGUGCCCUUGCACGUGCUGGCCACUCGUUACGUGUCGCUUAAAUACGGUGCACUCAAUUAGUGAAGAAUUUAAGUAUAAAUCAAGUAAUAAGGGAUCAGAUGACACUCAUCCAAAAAACUGAGGAAAGCAAGGGAGUCAUGACUGAUACCACGGUUAAAGAAGAUGUCGGGAAAUCUUCGAGACCCGUCAGAAACAGACGAUACACUCGAAGGAGUUUAGUAGCGGGCCAGCGUCCUCAAAAGAGGCUAUUCACACCUGAAAUAAAACGAUAUCUCAAGGACUGGCUGGUGCGACGGAGAGACAAUCCGUACCCGAACAGAGAAGAAAAGAAAUAUUUGUCUCGAGAAACAGGACUCACCUACAUACAAAUAUGUAACUGGUUCGCCAACUGGCGAAGAAAGUUGAAAAACGUGAAUGCAGACCGAAAUCAACAAACAUGGGGGCACUUAAUACGCACAUACAAUGACCGUGCGCAAGGCAAUGUGGAACAGUUCAGCAUCUGCUCAGAUGACAGCAUAUGGAGCGAGUCUGACCCUACCAGUCUAGACGACGCCUUAGACAAUGACGAUGAGUUAUCUGGAAGCCCAGAAACAAUCACCGAAUACCACCACGACGACUCUGACGCGUCAUCGAUCAUGAAGGAAAAGUGCGUCAACUUCAAUAAUAAUUCUUAUCAAAAUGAUGCGAAUGUUAGCGGGGGUGAAGAAAACAAAACAAUAACCAGCCCAAUGCUACUAAGCAAGUGGUUAGAAAGCGCAGCUCGGUUCCAGCCCAGUGAAUGCAACUACUCGUGGUGGGCCGACGGCAAACGACGAAAGCCCGACACAAAAAUCCAACGGAUUACAAUAAACACAUUGUCGCGUCAUGAUCGAGACGAGGUGGAAGCAGCAGUGGCCCUGACAGCCCUAGCCACCGCCACCAGCCGUAUGGCAACACCGUGAUUUACUAUAAGAAUUGAUAUAAGCAAAAGUGUCGGUUUAUACUUUUGAAUAAGAAAUACUCUUUACUAUAGGGUAACUGCCAAUAUAAAACUUGUUUGUAUGUUUACUUAAUUUUAGUCAGCUGCGUAAAUAAAAUUUACUAUUACGUAAUGCCAAUUAAAUCACGUCUUGCUCAAGUAUUAUUAAAAGUAAGAUUCUCAAGGAAGUAAUCCUGCUUGUAUAGUCAUAACUUUUGAUCUCUAUUGGACUAAAUAGUUUUAAGGUGUAGCUACAACCAAAGAUUGUGUUAUUGACAAUAUUGAAAAAUAAAUUUGUUAAAAUAUUUAACAUGUCUUAGUUGCUUA